AUGGCUCUCUCAAAGUCGAACAGGAUUAUUAUCCUGUUGGUCAUCGACACGGCCUUUUUCCUUCUUGAAUUAAUCGUCGGUUAUGCCGUACACUCGCUCGCCCUUGUUGCCGAUUCAUUUCAUAUGCUCAACGAUGUCCUCUCCUUGAUCGUCGGACUAUGGGCUGUCAAGGUCGCUAACCAAGAGUCCAACUCCAAGACAUAUACCUACGGUUGGCAACGUGCGGAAACCCUGGGAGCCCUCGUCAACGGUGUCUUCCUAGUUGCGCUAUGUAUGUCCAUUUUCCUUGAAGCGAUCCAACGACUAUUCGAACCGCAAGAAGUGAAGAACCCCAAGCUGGUUAUGAUUGUCGGCUGCUUUGGUCUGCUUUCCAACAUCCUCGGACUGGCUCUUUUCCACGAUCACUCGCAUGGCCAUGGGCCGGAAGCAGAGGGACAUGACCACGUACACGGCGACGAGGGAGAUUUGCAUGCAGCGGAGGAAGGUCAUCUCCACGAACAUACUACACAGAAGAUGGCCGACGAAAGAGAAACCGUUGCUAGCAUUAUGCCUCAGAACGUGGUGGGCGUUCUGCGUACUGAUACCGAAGAUGUUGGGGAGCGUCCUCAAAUUAUUGGCAAUGAGAAUUAUUCGGCUUCGCCAUCACAGUCAUCUGCAGCAAAGGGCGAACACGCUCGACGCACGUCUCGCGGGUCGAGAGGCUUUGGUAAUCUAGAAGGCAUCUACGUGCAUCCAGGCGACCGAUAUCAAAACAUUAUCAAUGCCAGCCACCUUGAUGACAGUGCAUCUGUAACGGAAUCGGAAGAUAGCGGUGACAUUGAGUCUGCUGUGACUGAGCGUACUCGACUUCUUGGAGCUCAAGCCCGUACACCACGCUACGUCGACGGAGACAGUGUUGCAGUUUCGAAGGCAGCUAAGGACGACGCUCAUCGAAACCAUAACCACGCCAAGCCAAAGACAGGAAAGAAAGCACACGGAGGACAUUCGCACGAUCUCAACAUGCGCGGAGUGUUCUUGCACGUCAUGGGUGACGCGUUAGGCAACAUUGGAGUCAUUGCCUCUGCAUUAAUCAUCUGGCUGAGCCCAUACUCUUGGAAAUACUAUGUGGACCCGGGUAUUUCUCUCGUCAUCACCAUUAUCAUUCUCUGUUCUGCCAUUCCACUCUGCAAAGCUGCCUCCAGGAUUCUUCUGCAGGCUGUCCCCGCCGGAAUGAGCAUUGACCAUAUCCAGGAGGACAUCGACAGCAUUCGGGGUGUCUUGAGCUCGCACCAUCUGCACGUCUGGCAAUUGAGUGACACCAAGCUUGUUGCGUCCAUACAUAUCCAAGUUGGGAGCGAAAUCAAAGAUGAAGGAUCUGACAGCUACAUGGAGAUUGCAAAGGAGAUUCGUCGCUGUCUACAUGCUUAUGGAAUCCAUUCGUCCACUAUCCAGCCUGAAUUUGCUCCAGACACGGAUACUGAGAGUCAAACUGGCGGUUCUCCAUCCCAUGCUACGGACAAUACACGCAUUCCAAGUAGUGCUAGCAGUCUCCGGGAAGAUAACGCUUGCCUUUUGGACUGUGACGACGAGUGUCCUCGUGGACAAUGCUGCCCGAAGAAGUGA